UUUCCAAACUACACUUAAAAUUAUUAUUGUUAUAAAUUGAUUUUGUUUUUUUUUUUUUAUUGCAUUACUUUUUAAAUAUUCAAUAUGCCACUAAUCGCGGUUAACAUUCGCCACACGAAGGCUAGCUACCUUCGCUCAUUGGUAAAUAAUUUAUGGGUCGAGAGUGAUGAAUCGAGCUCACCGGCACUUACAUCCCGAUCCAGGAGGUCAAUGUCGCUUGAGAGGUAUUCGAGAGGUGGGGUUCCAGGAAAGUUCAAGGGCAGCACUGCCUCAACUUCAUUUCCAGUAAUGGACUCCGACUCCUGCCAGGGGUCUGAACACGAUCCCAAGACAGACUUAGAGAAGCCACAAUCCAAAAUCCUGAGACCAGGGAUAGACCUAAACAUCACUGCUGAGCAGCCCCAGAGCCUCGUAACGACGGAAGACGACACACUCCAGGGCGAAUCCCACAUGCGAAUCCAAAUGCUGGAAUCCCAUCAAUCGGAUCUUGUACAAUCGUUGGGGUCAUUAGAUCCGCCACAGUCCGAGAUGAUUGGCACGUACAAAUGUAUGCCCCUUGUGCCCGACGAAGACAGCAAGUGGGUUGUCCAAAAUAAAGACCCGAUCUUGAAUUUGCCCACAGAGUGUGUGCAAGAUCUUAAGGAUCAUUGCCAGGCUGCCGUGGAUUCGGGCUUCAAGUUGCUCUACGAUCAACUGGAGCGCAUCCGGUUGGCCAACGACGAGUUCCAGGCGUCCCAACAGAAAGAGGAGCUCCUGGUCAACCUAAAGAGUCUUCUGCUUCGGAAACAUAACGAGUUUAUGGAGGCUCGGAUCUUAGAGAUCACAAAGACUCACAACGAAAAGAUGCAACGGCUCCAGGAGGACUUCGAGGUUAAGUUGAAGGCGGAGCAGGACAAAUAUCACCCGAAGUUGGAGAAGCUGCAGAAUUUGCUGCGGGACUGCGAGGCACAAAGAGACGAUUACGAAAGGCAGCUAAAGCAUAAGGACGACACCAUUGAAUCGAUAAUGGCUGAAUCAAACAAGAAAAUGUCUCUCAAUUUGAAUCUGGAGCAUCAAUUGGCGGAGUCGAGUGCUGAGCUGGCCCGGACACGGAACGAGCUCGUCGAGAGCAGGGAGCAUAUAGCUUAUCUGGAGGCCGAAUGGAAGGAGGAACACGAGCACCACGAAUCAGAGGAGAGCACUCAGAGUGUGCAGCAGGCGCUUAUAGAUCUGGAACAUGUCAAGUCAGAGCUAUAUGGGUCCCAGCAGCUGGUGGGCGAGAUGAGGGCACAAGCGAAACGCGACGACUUGAUGAUAUGCCGGUUCACCGAGGAAAUCAAUACCUGUCGUCUGAAAGAAACUGAGAGCCAAAGAGCUUAUCAAAAACUUUGUUUGGAAUCUGCCGACAAGGACACACAGAUAAAUAAGAUGCGCCUCAAGCUGGACUUGAUGGAGGAGCAGCUAAGCCAUGCCUAUGAAAAACAGGCGCUCCAGAAGCAGGAAAUCAGACGCUUGGAGGAGUUUACAAAAGUGUUAGAGGAGGAAAAUACUCGCGUCACGGUCGAAAGGGACCAGUAUCAGGUAGCCAAAAACACUGAGAAACAGCAGGUUGAAAACCUUACGCAGCAGCUUCGGGAAUUUGUAGACUUCCUUCUUAACGAAGGGAAACCCCCAGCUAUCAUUGAAGGUCUCAUCCACGUUUGCAAUAGAUGUGGCUGCAUACAUCAACGGCAGCAUCAAUCUAGAUCCACAGUCGCGUAAGUUGGGGAAACGCAGGGAGCGCAGCAGCAACAGCGCAACCAACAAAGAGCACUUGAUAUUGAAUAAUAUUAAAUAUAUAAAUAAAUACUGUUUUCACGUUUGGA